AUGCAACAAAAUCAACGGUUCGCUCAAACAAAUGUCAAUAAGCUUGCAAUGAAUAAUGGUGAUAUGUCGUCAUUACCAGCGACAUAUAAUCAUAUUCAAAUAAUCACAGCAUAUCAAUUGAAACAACUGUUGUACAAUUUUGUUCGAUUACUACCAUUAACAAUAAAUAAAAAACCAGUACAUCAUCGUCAAGUUCCAACCACAUUUUCUUCAUCAAUUUUUGCAUCAAAUGAAAAUCAAAAUAAAGAAGAAACAACAUUAAUUUGGUGUGAUAAAAAUAUUGAUAUUCAUGAUGAUACAAAGAAAACGGCUGAAUUAUUACAACAAGUUAACGAUUAUAUUCUUAUCUGUUCAAAUCUUGAUACAUGUUUGGAAUAUAUUAAUCAAAUCAAAACAGAAAAAGUUUUUCUUAUCUUAUCAGGUCAAAGUGCAGAUGAAAUGAUUGACAAAGUUCAUGAUUAUAAACAAGUAGAUUCGAUUUAUAUCUUUUGUAUAAACAACAUCAAAUAUGAACAUUAUUUAAAAGAAGAUCAUGAGAAAUACUAUAAAUUAGUUGGAAUAUAUACUGAACAUGAACCAUUAUUGAGAGCUAUACAAGAGAAUAUUCGUUAUUUAAUUAAACAAUCACAAGCUGCAAGUUUAUUUGAGCAAGAUGAACGAUCAAUGAGAAAUUUAAGUAGUGAAUUACAUAACUUUGAUGCAUUUCGUGCAUUCAAAUAUGUUUUAUUGAAAACUGAUUAUGAUCGAGAACAAGCAAAAAGAGAAAUGUUAGAAACAUGUCGAAAUUACUAUCGAGGAAAUAAGAAAGAAUUAGCGAAUAUCAACGAAUUUGAACAAAUUUACAAAUCAACUAAUGCUAUUCAUUGGUACACACGACAAACAUUUGUUUAUCGAUUAGUUAAUAAAGCUCGAAGAACUGAAGAUUAUGAAGCAUUAUUAAUUCUUCGAUUCUUUGUUAUUGAUCUAUGCGAAAAUCUUCGAUUGAAAUAUGACGAUCUGAAACAACGUCAAGAACAAUUAGGUUCAUCAACAGUUGUAUCUUAUCGUGGUUCGAAACUAUCAUCACCUGAAAUUUACAAUCUUAAAUAUAAUAUUGGUAAAAGUAUUGCUACAAAUGGAUUUCUUUCGACGAGUAGAUCGAAAGACGUAGCCAACAUAUUUGCUAAGAAAGGAACAAAACGUUUAGGUGUAGAAACUGUCAUCAUUGAAAUUCAUGUUGACACAACAAAAUUAACCACA